AUGUCUCACGAGGAAGACUUGAUCGAUUACUCCGACGAGGAGCUCCAGACCACCACGGCCCCCGCUGCCGCUGCCGCUCCCGCUGCAGCCAACGGCGACGCCGACAAGCAGGGUGAUCUGACUGUCUCCGGCGGCCGUCCCGACAAGAAGGGCAGCUACGUCGGAAUUCACUCCACCGGUUUCCGUGACUUCCUCCUCAAAGGAGAGCUUUUGCGCGCCAUCACCGACUGCGGCUUCGAACAUCCAUCGGAGGUCCAGCAAGUCUGCAUCCCAACUGCAAUCCUCAAUGUCGACGUCCUCUGCCAGGCCAAAUCUGGUCUCGGUAAGACUGCGGUCUUCGUCCUGACCACUCUCCACCAGCUGGAGCCCGUCCCUGGCGAGUGCUCUAUCCUCGUCAUGUGCCACACUCGUGAGCUGGCCUACCAGAUCAAGAACGAGUACGCCCGUUUCUCGAAGUACCUUCCCGAUGUCAAGACUGCCGUCUUCUACGGUGGUACCCCCAUCCAGAAGGAUAUCGAGAUUCUGUCGAACAAGGAGACCUACCCCAACAUCAUCGUGGCUACCCCCGGUCGCCUGAACGCCCUGGUCCGCGACAAGAAGCUGAGCCUGCGCAACGUCAAGGCCUUCGUCCUCGACGAGUGUGACAAGAUGCUCGACCAGAUUGACAUGCGCCGUGAUGUCCAGGAGAUCUUCCGUGCUACUCCUGCCGACAAGCAGGUUAUGAUGUUCAGCGCUACCCUCUCCCAGGAAAUUCGCCCGAUCUGCAAGAAGUUCAUGCGCAACCCUCUCGAGGUCUAUGUGGAUGACGACACCAAGCUCACCCUUCACGGUCUCCAGCAGUACUACAUUAAGCUCAGCGAGCAGGAGAAGAACCGCAAGCUGAACGACCUGCUAGAUAACCUGGAGUUCAACCAGGUCAUCAUUUUCGUUAAGAGCACCCAGCGUGCUAACGAGCUCGACAAGCUCCUGCGCGAGUGCAACUUCCCCAGUAUCGCUGUCCACUCCGGUGUCAGCCAGGAGGAGCGCAUCAAGCGCUACAAGGAAUUCAAGGAGUUCAACAAGCGUAUCUGCGUCGCCACUGAUGUCUUCGGUCGUGGUAUCGAUAUCGAGCGUAUCAACCUGGCCAUCAACUACGAUCUUCCCGCCGAUGCCGAUUCCUACCUGCACCGCGUUGGCCGUGCCGGUCGUUUCGGUACCAAGGGUCUGUCCAUCUCCUUCGUGAGCAACGAGGACGAUGAGAAGGUCCUGAAGGAUAUCGAGAAGCGCUUCGAGGUCGCUCUUCCUGAGUACCCCGAGGGUGGCGUCGACUCGUCCACCUACAUGGCUUAA